AACAGAGGACAUGAAGUUACAUGAAUGCGUUCUGUCUGUCAAACGUUAGCCAGAGGAGGAGGAGAAGGAGUAAAACAAAAGAGCAACAGCGGAAACGGGACUUGUCUGACAGGACAAGGGACAAGUGGGGGGAGAUAAUGCCGGUGGAUUUUGCAAAAAGAUAUCGCCAAGGAAAUAGGAUCUUUCUGAGAAUCUCGCCUUUAUCUGCCUCCUUCCAUUCAAUUUGAAAAGGCAAAAUCGCCAAGAUCUUCUCCUUUUCUCUUUUCUUUUUUUUUUCCUCUGGUUUUUCUCUCUCCCUGUUGCCCACCACUUCCCGGGGCUAUAAAGACCCGUCAUUGCAACGUUCCACUUUCUUCCUCAUUCAUUCAUCGAGACCCUGCAUCAGAAACAGGGCACUUGGUACAGUUUUCAUCAACAUCAACAAAAGGGAAAGAGAGCAGGUUCUUUGCUCCAUCUUUUCUUGCGAGUUAUUAUGACGAUGGCCGGCGAGAUUCUCCGGCGGCAGUCGCCGGCGGAGGUCGAUGUGUGUGGUGGGUCGGCUCAGGAGCUGCAUGUUCUUGCGGUGGAUGAUAGCCUUGUGGAUAGGAAGGUCAUCGAGAAGCUGCUCAAGAGAUUGUCUUGUAAAGUUACGGCUGUAGACAGUGGAUUAAGAGCUUUGCAGUAUCUGGGAUUGGAUGGAGAGAAGAGCUCUGUUGGAUUUGAUGAUCUGAAGGUUAAUCUGAUAAUGACUGAUUACUCUAUGCCCGGGAUGACUGGAUAUGAGCUUCUCAAGAAGAUCAAGGAAUCAUCAGCUUUCAGAGAAACACCGGUGGUUAUCAUGUCCUCCGAAAGAAUCCUUGCCCGUAUCAACCGAUGUCUAGAGGAAGGAGCAGAGGAAUUUCUUGCGAAGCCGGUGAAACUGUCCGACGUUGAGCGCCUGAAAAAUUUCGUGAUGGGAGGGGGAGAAGUUUGCUCGGACAGAAGAAUCAACAAGAGAAGACUCGAAGAAAACAACGAUCGCGACGACGGCCAUGCCCCAUCGCCAGUGUCACCACCGUGCAGUUGUGAUCGCGCAGCGUGCACAUCUUCAUCAUCCGAUUCCUCGUCACCAUCUAUAGCUCCCUCUUCAUCAAAGAGGCUUAAGAUACAUCAUCAAGGUUGAACAGAUUCAUUCGUAUAUAACAAAAUUUGAUUUAUUGAUGUUUUUUGACCCAUGAUCAUUCACGGUUAGGAAUGACACUUUUUGGUCAGCAAAUAUAAUAUGUUCUCUUUCCCCUUCA